GCGCUCCACACAUCACACACUCCCAUCUCACUGUAUCUGUGUUCUAGGAUCCAGAUUCAGAUUCAGAUUCAGAUUCAGAUCACUCCUUUCUGCACUCUGUUUUGUGACACAACUGGAACCUUCUGUAUUGGAAGACUGUGCAAACACUAAGAAGCCGUCCUGUUCGAAAUGAGGGCCGUCACCUGGUGCUUCUUCUCUCCCGUCCUCCUCGCUACGCUCACCAUGAUGCAUAGUGACAAGGCUCAACCUGUGAAGACUGAAAAUGGGCCAGUAGUCAGCCAUGGCUUUGCCGUCCCCGCACAGAACACCGGCCCCUCUGCACACCGCAGCCUGCACAGGAGGAGACACCGGGGGCGCCGGGGAGAGGAGAGAGCUGUGCUCGCCCAUGGAGGGUCUUUAGAGCCAGACUACUGGCCGCUGCAGGGAGGAGCAGAGGUAGAGGGUUUGACCCCCGUCAGGUUAGAGUUGGGCUCCAGCGCGUGGGGUGACACAGGGGGAAGUGAAGGCUCAGAGGAGAGACCACAUGGGCACAACGUGGGACACAAAAGGAGGCAUGGAGGAGACUGGCACCGACCUAAACAUACUACAGAAGAUGACUGUAUUUGGAGGGAGAAGGGUUCUGCAAGAGAGCACAAUCACAGCAUUCAUCCUUUAGACAGGCAGAAGGUCCUUGAAAGACCCAACUCUACCACAUCAGAAACAUCCAUGAUCAAUGAAGAAAGGAAUGCACAGUCCCCUCCACUCACCAAACCGCAGCAGGUUGAAGGAGAGGCACAGCGUGACCUGGCUCCCAGGCUGCACAUGGUACUGUUUGAUAAGACUGAUUCUAAAGACACCAGGCCUCUGAAUACUGGACCAUCCCACACAAACACAGACAAAGAAAAUGCUUUGGAAGGGAAACGUGGAAAUCAGACAGAUACGGACAGAGGGACUACGGUACCAUGUGAUCACCAUGUUGACUGCCCUCUAGGCUCCUGCUGUGAUCUGAGGAAGCAUAUCUGUGAGGUUCACAACCGCAGCCUCAACAACAAGUGCUAUGCUGACUGCAUGUGUGAGGAGGGGUUUCGCUGCUACACCAAAUUCCAUCGAGAUCAACGCGUGAAACAAAAGCGAGGCCGAUGUGUAGAUCCGGACACUGUGAACACAAAUCUGGGGGCAUUCAUCACCGUCUGAACAAAGCUGUGAAACUCCAGCACAAGAAUUACUGUAACCUCAGUAACUGACUGAUUGAUUUACUGUUCUCGUAUGUAUUGCAUGUGUAGCCCUAAAUACAGUAGCUUUCAAACGGAGCAUCAGCUAAUUCCCACAACUGAGUUGAAAGUGAUUUUAAAUAAUUGUAUGACUGAAAAGCACAACAGUGGUCUUACUUUAACCACAGUCAAAGUUGUCCGAAUACAUCUGUACUCUAUGUCCUAUAUUUCUUUAUCUUUGUCUAACUAACAGGUAAUAUCACACUAUUUUGGACUCAUUCCAAUGAUAUCAGUCAUCAUAAUUGGGCUUGUCAUGUGAAGUUUAUGUGUUGAGCAUCCAGUUGCAUACUGAAUGGACUGGCUGAUUUCUCAGUAUUCUCUAAAGCCUUUGUGUGUUUAAUUUUUCAUUGUUUAUGAGCAACACCAGCAAGCAUGGGCCAUUUCAUUUCAUCAUGCUGUGGUUUGGGGACUGAAUGUGAAUUGUGCAUAGCAAAUCAAAGAGCACUGUUUGUGUCUUCGCAUUAUGAAGUGCCACAGGGGGUUUCUUCCUAUCAAGGUCCAACAGAGACAUUAUUACACUCAAGGAUCAGCGCCGCAACAUGAUCUAGCUCAUUCAUUGCUUUCUCUGCUUGCUUUGUUCCUUCUUUUUUUUCAGUGCAAUCUCCACAUAAUCCGUGACAAUUUCCACCGAAGACUGCAAAAGGGUGACAAAAACAAACAAAUUAAAAUGUAAACACGACAUCUGUUUUGGGACUGGUGACUUGGAAAAUAUGCACAGUACCAGAGCUCCACAGGCCCCCACAUCAUAGAUUUGUGGAGUGGACACAAAAGGAAUGAGGAGACGACAUGGGGGACUUCUCAAUCCCCGUUGUUAUUAAAGCAUUAAAUCUACCCCCAUGGCUUCAAAUCUUAAUCAUGCUGCCACUGGGCUGUGUGGCCAGCCAUAAUAAUAUCUCGCUCACUCUCUCUCUCUCGCCGCUAUAAGGUUUAGAGAAAAUCAUGGGCCUGCCACAGAAGGAAUACAUUGCCCAUGCAUAUCCAUGACUUAUCCCUCUGUAACCAUCGCUAUCAGACGGUGGAAACAUGUGCUACAUAGAUAGAUGGUCACCAUAUAACCCUUCAUGAAUACCAACCACCUCUUUUUGUAAGUCGUAAUCUAGAUAGACAAAUGUUUAUUCUAUAGAUGCAUAGAUUGAAGCUGUCACUCCCAAGGGGGCUGCUGUGGCACCAGAGAAAAACAUGUGGUGGACAUACUAUUUCUUAACACUGUUGUAUGUAAAUUAGUAUUAAUUUUAUUAUUUUGGUAUUUGUCUCAUGUGAGAAUAUGAUGUGUAGAGGCAGGGAGUUAAUUGCUUAUUAUUAAUGUAUUACGCUACAUUUUAUAUUGGAUCAUUUUCACUGAUCACUUUCACUGGUGUUUGAUCACAGUGGAAUUGUUGUCUGAAUAUUUAUCAUAGAUGUGUCAUUUUGUGUUUUGUUAAUAAACUCAAUUUAACAUGUUA